UAUUCUGAUUCAUCGUACUGCGACGGCGCAAGAGGGGUGAGAAUGGCGGAAGAAGCAGUUCUGGGUUACCUGGAAAACAACGAUGAGAUAAGAGAUUCGGGUGAGUUUGCAAGUGAACGAGGUAUUGAUCACAAUGAGAUGGUGAAUGUGAUAAAGAGUCUUCAUGGUUUUAGAUACGUGGAUGCUGAGGAUAUUAAGAGGGAAACAUGGGUUCUCACUGAUGAGGGGAAGACUUAUGCUGCUUCAGGAUCCCCUGAAGUUCAACUCUUUUUGGCAAUUCCACCAGAGGGUAUCUCUAGAGAUGAACUUCAGAAAAAGCUGGAUCCCUCAGCCUUCAAGAUAGCUUGUGCCCAGGCUGCUAAGAACAAAUGGGUGGAAAUGGGGAAACAACUUAUAUCUAGAAAGGUCGAACAUGUGGAUGACAGAGUUAAAGACCUGCUUCUGCAAAUACAACAGGGACAGGGCAUUGGUUCAGAUGAUAUCAAAGCACUCAAAGCAAGAAAGCUUAUUGUUCCUCAGACAUGGAAAGGUUACUCAGUGAAAAAGGGUCCUAACUAUGCUCCAAAAAGAAAGAAGGUUGUCACUGAUUUAACUCGGGAUAAUUUUCAGAGUGGUGAGUGGAAGGAAUUAGAGUUCAAAGAGUACAAUUACAGUGCUAAAGGUCAGCCUCUUGAGGGUGGUCAUCUUCAUCCUCUACUGAAGGUACGGAGUCAACUGAAACAGAUUUUCCUCUGCAUGGGGUUUGAGGAGAUGCCAACAAAUAAUUUUGUUGAGAGCAGCUUCUGGAACUUUGAUGCCUUGUUCCAGCCUCAACAGCACCCAGCUCGUGAUUCACAUGACACAUUCUUUUUGGAAACUCCUUCAACAACAAAGAAACUGCCAGAAGAUUAUGUUCAGAGGGUGAAGCAAGUUCAUGAAUCUGGUGGUUAUGGAUCAAGGGGAUAUGUGUAUGACUGGAAAAGAGAGGAAGCAAAUAAAAACCUCCUGCGAACACACACAACUGCUGUUUCAUCUAGGAUGCUUUACCAGUUGGCACAGAAACCAUUUUCUCCGAAAAAAUAUUUCUCUAUAGAUCGUGUAUUCAGAAAUGAAGCAGUUGAUCGAACACAUCUUGCUGAAUUCCACCAGAUAGAAGGCCUUGUAUGCGACCGAGGACUCACUCUCUGUGACUUAAUAGGAGUCCUACAUGAUUUCUUCUCACGCUUAGGCAUGACCAAGCUGAAGUUCAAACCUGCUUUCAAUCCAUACACUGAACCUAGCAUGGAGAUUUUCAGUUAUCAUGAAGGCUUUAAAAAAUGGGUAGAGGUAGGAAACUCAGGCAUGUUCAGACCUGAAAUGUUGCAGCCGAUGGGACUUCCUGAAGACGUCCAAGUUAUUGCAUGGGGCCUUUCCCUUGAAAGGCCAACGAUGAUUCUAUAUGGGAUAGAUAAUAUCAGGGAUCUCUUUGGGCACAAGGUGGAUCUUGGUCUUAUAAAGAAAAAUUCGAUAUGUCGUAUUGGAAUUGACUAAAAUGAUUCAUUUGUCUAUUGUAUUUCUUGUUAUUUAUAAAUUUUGUCUCUUGAGUUCAAACACUACCUGUAGAUUAGUUCAAUUUCUGUAAUUUUUGUUAUGGAAGAAAAAGUUACGCCUUUAUUUGAAGAUACCUUAACUCGUGGUUGUAGCAUUUUUCUUUUGGUUUGGAAGAAAAUUAUUGGGAAAAAUUUAUUGUAAGUUACCAAUUCCAAAGACGGGGCAUAUCAUAAACCUUAGCUAUGACUUACCUACUAUAUCACCCAUUUUGGAGAAUUGCUGGCAACCAAGCCUUGCAAGUGAAGUGUUUUGAUCUUUACCAAUUGAACCAGCUCUUGUUAACAGUGGGGACAUCCUUUAUUAUUGCCAUGGGUCUUCCUGGUGCUUCAUUAUAUUGCCAGGCUACAUUUAUUCCCAGGAAAAGAGGGCAAGCUUCAUCUUACCAUAAGGAAAGGCUUGGAAUUUCCGUGUGCAAUGUACUCAAAACAAUUUGUCUUAGUCUCAAGUUUCCGUGAUAACGAUAAUAGAUAGUGCAAAAUCAUAUAUGUAAAAGUAACUUUUCAGCAUGCCUCGGACUAUUUAGUUAUCGAAAAAUUUUGUUGGCAGUCUUUAAUUUCACUGACACGGGCAGUGGUUAA